UAACAUAGUGCAAAGCGUGACAUCCAUUCUCUCUCUCUCUCUCUGCUUUCUUCAAUCUUCCUUCACACAACCAGAUAGAGACAAGAAAGAGAGAUUCAUGGAAAUGCCCAAGAAGAAUCACUCUUUUGGUUUCUGUUUUAUAUAAUGAGAAAGCAACACAUUUUCUUCUUUUCUCAAAGAAGAUGGGAAUACAAAACAAUGAGCAUAAUCAAGACCAAACCCAAUCUUUCCUUUUAGAUGCUCUUUACUGUGAAGAAGAAAGAUGGGAAGAAACAAUUGAAGAUGAGAUUUUAGAAAAAGAAGCAACACUACCACUUCCUCUGCCUUUACUAGAACAAGACUUGUUUUGGGAAGAUGAAGAGCUACUCUCUCUUUUCACAAAAGAAAAAGAAACAAUUUCCAACUUUGAAACUAUUAAAACAGACCCUUUACUUUGUUUAUCUCGUAAAGAAGCUGUGAAAUGGAUUCUUAAAGUAAAUGCUCAUUAUGGAUUCUCAACAUUCACUGCUAUUCUUGCUAUUAAUUACUUUGAUAGGUUUCUUUCAAGUCUUCAUUUUCAGAAAGAUAAGCCUUGGAUGAUUCAACUUGUAGCUGUUACUUGUCUUUCUUUGGCUGCUAAAGUUGAAGAAACUCAAGUUCCUCUUCUUUUGGACUUCCAAGUGGAGGAUGCAAAAUAUGUGUUUGAGGCCAAAACUAUUCAAAGAAUGGAGCUUUUGGUAUUGUCCUCUUUAAAGUGGAGGAUGAAUCCUGUAACCCCACUUUCAUUUGUUGAUCAUAUAAUAAGAAGACUUGGGCUAAAGAGCCAUAUACACUGGGAAUUUCUCAAGCAGUGUGAGAGAAUUCUUCUUUUGGUCAUAGCUGAUUGUAGAUUCUUAAGUUAUAUGCCUUCUGUAUUGGCUACUGCUACUAUGCUUCACGUUAUUCAUCAAGUUGAGCCUUGUAAUGCUGCUGACUACCAAAAUCAACUUCUUGAGGUUCUCAACAUUAGCAAGGAGAAGGUGAAUGAUUGCUAUGAACUUAUAACAGAGGUGUCUUACAACUCUAUUUCACACAAGCGCAAGUAUGAGAGUCCAAUAAAUAGCCCAAGUGCUGUUAUUGAUACAUUUUACAGCUCUGAAAACUCAAAUGAAUCAUGGGAUUUGCAAACUUCUUCCUCUAUUCCAUCCACUUAUUCACCUCGUGAUCAAUUUUUGCCUUUGUUUAAGAAAAGCAGAGUUCAAGAACAGCAAAUGAGAUUGACAUCUUUAAGCAGAGUUUUUGUGGAUUAUGCUGUUGGCAGCCCUCGCUAAUAUUAUUGACAAUGACAAUGUAUUACUCCUUAUUAUGUCCUUUUUGCAAUUCUACUUUGAAAGAUGGAAAUGAAAAGAGGGGAUAGUUGGUGGUAGUGGUUGCAGAGGGUUGGUGUUUGACAGCACAAUGGGGGGGUUAAGAGAAAGAAGGAUAGUUAAUAUUCAUGUUUACUGGAGUAAUCGUUAAUUCAAGAACAUUUAGUUAAUUUUGUUUAAGAUCUCUUUGCUUGCUCCCCUCUUCUAUUCCUUGAUAACAGAGGCAAAUCUAAUAGAUAUGUAUAUAAUCUAUUAUGUUAUCUGAA